AGGUCUUGCGUAAGAUCUUGGGUACAAAAAUGUCCUGAGAUCUUGUACCCAUUUUUUCAAGAUCUAGUGCCAAAUCUUAACGUAAGAUCUUGGGCAAGAUCUUGGUUUCAAGAUGUUGGACUAGGGAAAUCCUUUGCUUAUUUUUGUUAUAAGAAAGAUCUUUACUGUAGAAUUAAUUACAAUUGCACAAAAAUAACAUAAUUUUUAUUUUAACAUUUGUCUUAACCUUUUGACUAUUGGCAUUUUUUGGGGAAAAUAAAAAAGUUUUGUAAGAAAUAUUCAAAUAUUAUUGAUGUAUUUGAUUCAAAAUUUCUGCAAUUUCUUGCUCAGUCAAACAUCUACUUCUUCGAGCAGCCAUUUUGAAAAUGUGUGAAACAACGCCAGCUGUUUCAAAUAAUCAAAAAAUAGAGUUAUACGAAAUAGACGUGAUAUGAGUGAGUGGCUAAAGUGACUCCUUUAUAACAAGAACGAGAAUAAAGAUGGCAUCAAGGACAGAAAAAGAACGACUCGCAAAGAAGCAUAACUAUAGACGUAAGCUGAUCAGGUGAGCCGCGCGGAAUGCGAAAUUUGAGGCGCCGCCGCCGAUGGUGGCGAAAGGCUCAAUGGGUCCAGUCGGCAGCCAGCCGUUUGUUUUUUUCCUCUUUUGUUUUUAUGGGAAGGAGUACUAGUAACAUAUUUUUUACCAGCCUUUUUAUCGUGAUUCUUGUUAUUGUGUGCGUCUUAGUUCUACGUGUUUUUUCCUCAGUCGCUUGUUUUGUUUUUUAUAUGAAAUUAGAUAAUAGUUAGCGGUGAAUAUAAUGAAAUAAAACAGUAUUUUUAUAAUUUUUGCAUUAUUUCUCGUUUUGAAGUAUCAGCCAGCCGAAAGUGGCGAAAAAUUUCGAGGAAUAUGCUGCCAGCCUCCCCUUAGCUGUUUUUUUCAUCGACUUACAUCUUUACUUAUAUAUUAUACUACUUUCUUUUCGGUCAAGCCAAGGCAUCCAUCAAUUUUAUCCAUAAAUCUCUACUAUCAACGUGAAAAUUCGAAAUUUUGCGGCGAUUGUAGCGUUCAUGGAUAGAAAUGUAUGGAUGCCGUCGUUUGACCUUUCUUUUCUGUAUCUUUUUCUUUCCUAUCGUCGACGCCAUUUUUUUUUCUCUUUCUUGUUGUGUAUAAAGGAGUCGCGAAGCCACUCACUCACGUCUAUUUCGUAUAAUCCUAAUAUAAGGGUGUCGAUAGUGACACCUUCAUGCAAUAAUUGCAACUAGACGUAUUUAUAUGUCGCCGGGAGAUAAAGAUGCCAAUAGUAAGAGAUCUCUUAGACUUUUUGUAAAGCCCUUCAUUGCUCUGGUAUAUAAUAAAACUGUAUAAUGAAUUUUAUUUUUUGCGAUGUUUACACCGUUGGAGCCUAUGAUAGACACGGAUAUGUAAGACACGAAGCUUCUCAUAUGAGGUACAAAUCCAUAUUUUUCAAUGUGUCUCUUUUAAUCAAUUAAGAAGUAUCUCGUCUGAGAAACGCAUAUUUUGACAAGAAAUUGCGUUUCUCAAAAGAGAUACAAUGGAAUCUCUCUCAUUUCUAUAUUCCAAUUAGAAAUGAAAUUAGUACUUUGAUAAAUGAAAUUAAAAGAAUGUUUUUCAACAGAAAGUUAAUUUUAAUCUUCGCUGUCGAUCGUACAUAUUUGGAAAAAAGAUCACUCGAGAGUGCAAGAGCUAUAGAUGAAACAGGGGAAGUUAUUUUUUCGACAUAUGUUUUAAUUAUUAAGUAGCGAGUCCCAAAAGUUGAGCAUAUUUUCAAUAACUUUUCUAUGAGAUAAUUAAUUGUCACAUGACACUUCACGUACAUCUGGUAUGAACAAUGUAGAGUGACUCAUUUAGUAGCCACGUGCUAUUUAUCAGUCUAUACUUCUGUUAGUGGCGGCACCAGGACAGGGCUAGGAUGGGCUGAGCCCAACCAUCCAAAAAUUUGAAAACAGAGUACUCACUAGCAAUAGUCACGUAAAAAUUCUGAACGGAUUUUUGAAAAAUUAUGGGCUGAGCCCAGGCACCCGAAAAAUUCUGGCGCCGCCACUAACUUCUGUGUAGUUCGUCUGCAAAGUUCGUGUGUUCGAUCCUAGCUUCGUGCAAGGAUUGAUUUUGUGUUUUGAUAGUUUAAGUUUCAGAAUGAUAUAAUGGGAAUUUAUAUUCUCGAUUUCGUUCUGGUUCAAGAUUAAAGCUUAAACCAACUUCUGUGUAGUUUGAUGCAUUUAUCGUCUGAAACAUUACGACCGCUAGAAUGCAUCAGAAUGUUCACUACUAGAGGACUGCUGUGUUCUAACUGGAUUGCAAAGAUUGUGAAAUGAUGAAAGCUACAGCAUAAUGUACGAUGAUAAUGAAUCAGCUGAUAUAGGAAUAUUGAAGAAUAGUCAAACUGUUAUGAGUUUAAUGUUUUCUAGUCUUUAAUUCUCAUCUCUCCAGUUUAAUGGUUACUGAAAUCGGGUUACCCCAUUGCGUUUGUGCCCAGAGGUAUCAAGACAAUGAGCAUUAGAUAGUUUGUCCAAGAUUAUCGCGCUAGCGCCGCUGGCUGGAUUCGAACUCCGUAUCUCUGAAGUACGUUGUCUACCCACUAGCCGACUGACGAGGGAAGUAUCCUAACUGAUAAAUCGCUUUUUGACCUAGUGGACUAUAGGUAGUCGACGAUGCUGAUUCCGAAUAUCACCAUGACUGCUGCUUCUAAGCCUUCAAAGACCGGUUUUCUAGAAAACCAGUUUUCGAAAAACUCUAAAGAACAACCAAAAGCUUUUUAAUGAAGCGUAAUUGUAGUCUAUACAUUUCUGAUUAAAACGAAGCAUCUUCCAGCUCUAUACGACCUUUCUUUGAAAAGUUAUAGAGUUUACAAGAAAAGCCCUAAAUGUUCAUUGUCACCUCAGAGCUAUAGAAAGAAAAAGGAAAAAUAAAUUUAGGGCUUUUCUUGUGAAUUCUAUAACUUUGCAAAGAAAGGUCGUGUAGAGCUGGGAGAUGCCUCAUUUUAGUCAGAAAUUUAUGGACUACAAUUAUACUUCAUUAAAAAAGCUUUUGAUUGUACUUUAGAGUUUUUCGAAAAUUGGUUUUCCAGAAAACCGAUCUCUGAAGGUCUAGCAGCAGCAUUCAUGGCGAUAUUCGGAAUCAGCAUCGUCCACUACCUAUAGUCCACUAGGUUUGGGUCAAAAAGCGAUUUAUCAGUUGGGGUACUUCCCUCGUGAGCCAUGCUGCUUAUUUCUAUUUGGAAUAUAGAAAUGAGAGAUAAUGUAAGUUAGCUCUUUUGUAAAAUGAGAGAUUCCAUUGUAUCUCUUUUGAAAAACGCAAUUCCUUUCCAAAAUACGCGUUUCUCAGACGAGAUACUUCUUAAUUGAUUAAAAGAGACACAUUGAAAAAUAUGGAUCUGUAUCUCUUCUGAGAUAUGGCCGUAAAACAAAACCCUUUUCUUUUUUGUUGACGAUCUUUGAUCUAUUCUUGACUAUCAUCGUCAUCUAAUACGAGUGCUUCAGAAUAAAUGGGCCCCUUAGGGUUUGCUCAAAUCUCUCUUUAAUGUCAUGUUUUAGACUUGUUAUUAUUUUUUUCAAAAGCUACGCCGUGAAAUUUUCUAUAAAAAUAUACAAACUGUACUGUUAUGGAUUGCAUCACCAAAAGUUUGUAGAAGGGAGUACUGCGUAGCUUGAAAAUCGAAGAAUUUUUUCAAAAUGUUGUCGUACACCAAUAUGAGAUCCGAAUUCUAGUGCUUCGAAAUGUUCCCUUACUACUAAUAUUUAAUACAAUCAGUUUAGAUCCAUUUUUGUUACAAAAACAUUUUUCUCUGGUCAUCCGCGAUUUUGGCAAUAGCCAUCAGAUGGAUUCUAUCUGUUUGUAUAGUUAAAAGGUUUUUAAAUGACUAUCAUCAGUUCUGUAGGUUUCAAAGUAUGAAAGUAGAUCAAAGCGACAGUUUUUGAAUGAAGUUGAAGAGAUGUAUAAUUAAAAUAUUAAGUGGCCAUUUAUUCUGAAGCACCCAUCACCGUAGAAUUUCAUCUCGUUUCAAUAGUUGCCAAAACUCAAUAUGUCGUCACAUAUGGUUGAUGUUGAAAUGAUCGAUACACUAGAACAUCAAAAGAAGGACCUUAAUACAGAGAUGGAUGCUGCUGCUGUGGAAAUUGAACCAACAACCGAGCAAAUGUUAACAUUGGAACGAAUUUCUGAUAAAAUACCGUUAGCUGCUUGGUUAAUCGUAUUGUGCGAAUUUUGUGAACGAUUUUCUUAUUAUGGUUUAAGUUCUCCUUUUCAAAAUUAUAUAGAAUUUCCCGUACCAACAGGAAAUCAAACGCAACCCGGAGUACUUGAUGAAGGACAGGCAACAGCUACAGGUCUAACAAACUUCUUUCAAUUUUUUUGUUAUAUAACGCCAAUUAUGGCUGCGAUCAUUGCUGAUCAGUUCUGGGGAAAAUAUAAGACCAUUGUUGUGUUCUGUUUUGUUUAUAUGUUCGGCCUACUUGUAUUAGUUUUAUCAGCUAUACCACCAUCAAUAGCACGAGGAAUAGCAUUACCUGGCUUGAUUAUCGCCAUGAUUAUUAUUGGCCUUGGAACUGGUGGAAUUAAAAGUAAUGUAUCACCUUUAACUGCCGAGCAAUAUACUCGUACCAAGCCGAUUAUUAAAGAGAUCAAAGGUAAAAUGAAAAUCAUCGAUCCAGACAUUACGAUACAAUCAAUAUUCAACUGGUUCUAUUGGGCAAUUAAUCUGGGAUCUUUGUCGGCUAUAAUAACCACAAGCAUUGAGAAACAUCAUUCAUUUUGGUUAGCAUAUCUAAUACCGUUAAUAAUAUUUAUUGGUACAAUUGUUGUUAUUAUUGCUGGACGUAAUAAAUACAUUAAAAAGCCUCCAACAGGCUCAUUGCUAUUGAAAGCAUUCCAUUCUAUUCAUACAGCAUUUCGAAUCCGUUAUAAAUAUGGUAAAGAUUCACGUACUCAACAUAUACUCGAUUAUGCUAAACCGUCAAUUGCUCAAAAAUCAGGUCAAGAAAAAUUUAAAUGGGAUGAAGAAUUUAUUAACGAUUUGAAACAAGCUGUUUUUGCUUGUCGUGUCUUUGUCUUUUAUCCAUUUUAUUGGAUAUGUUAUAAUCAACUAACGGGAAAUCUCAUCUCACAAGCAGCUCAAAUGAAUGUUCACGGUUUACCAAAUGAUAUUUUAAUAAACAUCGAUCCAAUUGUACUUGUGAUAUUUAUUCCAAUAUUUGAUAAAAUAAUUUAUCCGACAUUAAGAAAAUAUAAAUGUCAAUUUUCGUACAUUCUCCGUAUUACCUUUGGCUUUUAUACAGCAGCUAUAGCAAUGGCUUGGACAGCUAUUGUUCAAAAUCAAAUUUAUAUAACAGGACCUAAUUUUAAUUAUGCACCUUCACCAUGUGCUGAAUGUCAGGCAUUUAAUAAUGUCAAUGUAGCAUGGCAGGUUCCCUCCUAUUUCUUUAUAGCCAUAUCAGAAAUAUUUGCCAGUAUAACAGGCCUAGAAUAUGCAUUCGCAAAAGCACCAGCCUCAAUGAAAUCCAUAAUUAUGUCCAUAUUUUUAUUUACAUCAGCAAUCGGUUCCGCUCUCUCAAUUGCCUUAAUACCAGUAACAAAGAAUCCAAAAUUACUGUGGAUGUACACAUCAUUGGCCGUUGUUGCAUGUAUAGUUGGAACAAUAUUUUACAUCUGUUUUAGAAAUGACGAUAAAGAAAUAAUAACUAAAAAACAUGACGAUAAAGAAAUAAUAGCUGAAAAAGAUGACGAUAAAGAGACAACGCCUAAAAAACAUGACGAUGAACUGACUGUUUAG